AUGACGGCGCGGUCCUUGUCAUCCUCUUCGCCGCACGCGGCCGUGCAGGCUGACAUUGAAGGGGAACUGCAGACGCUCCGCAGCAGCUAUCUGGAACCCUACGAUGACGUCUACCGCUUUCUCACACCGUUCAAGAGCACCACACCGAUGGUGAUGUUUCUGGGCAACCACAGCUCUGGCAAGUCGACCCUGAUCAACUACCUGUCUGGUUGCGAGAUCCAGGAGACUGGGGUCGCACCGACGGACGACGGUUUCACUGUCAUCAAGCGGGGCACGUGUGACAUGGAUGCUGACGGACCGAGCGUGGUGAGCAACCCCAGCUACCAGUACCAGUCACUACAGCAGUUUGGCAUCUCGUUCGUGACACACUUCAAGAUGAAGACGCGCUCAAUGCCGGCAUCGUCGCAGAUUCCGAUGGACAUGGUGCUGGUUGACACACCCGGGAUGAUCGACACACCCGUGCACGCAUCGUCAGCGGAGCAGACGGGGAGCGGUGACCACACCCGUGGCUACGACUUCCUUGCCGUGACGCGGUGGUUUGCGCAGCAGAGCGACGUCAUUCUCCUUAUGUUUGACCCGGCGAACCCCGGCACCACUGGGGAGACGCUAGACGUUCUCACCAAGUCCCUCACAGGGUACGAGCACAAGUUCUUCUUGGUGAUGAACAAGGUCGAUGUAUUUGAGAAAGUGACGGACUUUGCGCGGGCGUAUGGGACGCUGUGCUGGAACCUCAGCAAAGUCAUGAAGAUGAAGGACAUCCCGCGCGUGUACACCACCUCAACGCCGCUGAAGAAGCUGAGCGGGGCGUCCGGUGAUGCGCCAUCCUCGAUCGCGUCGGGCACCGCUACCGUGCCGGCAGCGGAGUUGUCACGCCAGCGGAACGAGAUUCUCAAGGAGAUACGUGCUGCACCGAUGCGGCGCAUGGACAACCUCAUCACCGAGACGGAGGAGAGCGCACGCAACCUCCUCCUCGCUUGUCGCGUGUCCAAGGUGUUGCGGCAGGAGUACCUUCGGCGCGAGAUCUUUCUGUAUUGUGCCCUCGGUGCGGCUUGCGUCGCUGGUCCUGCAACAGCCGUGGCCCUCUCUUCCGUGACCAUUACCGCAACGGUGCUUGUGGCAUUCUUCUCCAUUCUCAUCGGUAGCGGCGGCCUCGUUGCGACUCGGAUGCACCUGCGCGACUUCGAGCGCCGCUUACUGCAGUCGUGCGACAACGCACUUGGCCGCCUCUUUACAGCCAAGACGCUCACGAAGGACGUGGAGAUGCGCUGGAAACGCACCGUGAGACCCGAGCUGCUGCGCAUCGCUGCCGCGUCGCAGGAGAAGGGCUCCAGUGGCAUCAUGGCGCUGCCGUCGUGCUCGGCGCGGGCGUGUCGCGGGAUGCAGUAUGCCAUUGACCAGGCGGUUCCGGCACUGCGACGCAAGGUGAGCGAGUACAAGGAAGACUUCUUCAAAAGGCGAGGCGCUGCUGAGGACCACAAGUGA